CACCAGAUUUAGCGGAACUCUGAUAUAGUAGAAUUGAAUUAUACUCCGUGAUCCCCGAAUGACCAGAAAAAAUAACAACAAUAAAUUCAAGUACAGCUUUAAAAAUACUCCGUGAUCCCGAAUGACCAGAAAAUAUAAGAACUAUAAAAUUCAAGUACAGCUUCUUAAAUACUCCUGUAAAAAAAUCAUGUGAAAACAUAGAACUCAUCUUCCAAUAAAGCAUUACUUUCACAGAGAAUAACGACACAACAGACACUAAUCUGAGAAAAUGUGGAAUUAGGGUGUAUUUCUUGAUCACAAUCAAUGAAAAGUCUUCUUACUGCUUCAGAACUUCUUCGAUUAUUUCAUAAGGAUUUGUUAUAGAGGGUAAUUUCAGUGAAACCGUUGGCGUUUAUGGGACCUUAGCUUAGAUUCUUUAAAAUUGUCUUCUAAUUUAAAAGUUUCUGAUCAAUGAAUAAUUUUUGUGUUAAAAAUGAAAUUUCAUUCAUAAAUUCAAGGACAAAAAUUUUGAAACGGACUAUACAAGUAGUAAUAUUUUUCUCACGCGCGGGAUUGUAAACACGGGGAUGAGGAAUUCUGAUUGGAUAUAGAAGUCAGCGUAGCGCGACACACGGGAACGUACAGUACCGCGGUAUAUCAAAAGGAAAAUGUGUAUUGUUUUUCUUCGUGACGGAUUACUUCUUGAGUGUUAUUCGAAAUGAUGGAGUUAAAAAGACAAAUAGUGCUUCCGCAAAUAGGAUUAUUGCUUAUGUUUUAUGUUGUAUUAAGUAGCUCGGACGAAAGCCUGCCCCAUCGUGUAGAAGAUAAACCUUUCCCUGCAAACUUGAUGAUACACAACCGAUCAGUGCACUGUAAUCAAGAUGAUCACAAUCAAGGAAAAUUUCCAGCAUAUACAUGGACCUGUAAAAAUAUGAGUGUUGAUGGCAUGAGGAUGGCAUAUGGGUACAAUCCAUCAAUUACAAAAGACAAUAAGUGUCAAGAAACAAAGGGACGAGAUGAAUUAGCAGAGGUGUGUCGGCGGAUGAUGCACACGUUUGAAACUUCAUAUACACUUUGGGCAGCUUUUGUUACCAAUGCAACUUGUAACUUUAUCAACGAGAAAAGAGUGUUUUUAAACAUGACAGGUCCAAGCAUUUAUACCUGGGAAGAGAUGAAACCAGGAUAUGGCUGGAUUGACACAUUACGUUGUACCGCCCUGCAGUAGAAGGGUGGGGUGCUCAAAAUUUGUUUAAGUGGGUGAAGGUUUUAUAUGUACCAGUAAUGCAUUUUGGCGGGAAAAUGUGGAAAACAGUAUUUACACAUGAAGAUUGGACACAUUUCUUUGUGCAAAUUUUUCAGGUGUUUGACAUUGUAUAAAUAGCAUUGCUGUACAAAAAAGCUAAGGGACCAGGUAACAUUUAGUUGAUAAUUUAAGGUUGUGAAAGCUGGUUGAAGGAUUCGGCUGGAUGAAAUACAAUUCAGAAGGAUUUUAAGUGAUGUGCAAAGUUUGUAUAUCAGUUGACAGUGUAUCGAUAUCAAAAACAAUUGGAGAUACUUAUGACUUUAAUGUGUUUUGAUACCUGAAAAGCUUGCCAUAUGUGCUAUACCAGUGAAUGUGAGAAAAACUGUAAAAAAUACAGAAAAUGUUGCAAUAAUUCUACACUGGUGGCAAGGUGCUUAAAAGUGAUUGUUUUGCCAUAUUUUUAGCAUUUUAAGUGUUUUUAAAAACUCAUGGACAUCCAGGGUUAUGUUUUUGUACAUAUUUUAAAAAAGCUACCGGUAUGUUUGCGAGAUUUGGGGAUUUGUGUUCAUGCAGUUAUACAAAUAUUUCAACGAAACUGAGAUAUGAGAUUGCCUUCAUUGUGCUUCAAGACCAGAAGAAGAUUAGUUUUAAAUAUUUAGACAUCAUUUUAAAGUUAUUUUAUCCUCGUAAUUAUUUUGUUGUAUACAUUUGUUUAGGCCUAAAAAAAAUAAUUCUUUGUUUCCGGUAACAUGCUAAAAAAAAAAAAUAGGGUAAGUAAGUUGGAAAAAUCGGGGGGAUUUUUUUUAUUAAGUGAGACUUUUCUGAAAUUAUUUUUGUGUCAAAAAAUGAGUACAAAUAAGGGGGUUAUGCCUUUAGAGCAUCAGUAAGUUGAUUUCUAACAUCACUGUCCAUGUUUAAAGCAUAAAAAAUGCAGUUUUACAACUUUUUGUUAAAAAGUUGAAAAAAAUAUUCUCCCAAGGCCAUAAAAGCAUUUAGGGUCAGGUCAAAAAUUUAGCAUAGGUCUGGAUACCGGAAGCAAACAUUUUUUUUUACGCCUUAUGAUUAAAUAGGUUAAGAUUUCACUACAUGUACACAGACAUAAAUGCUUAGAAAGUCUUUAUCUUUGCAGUAAGCAACUUCCCAGUAGAUAAAAAGGGAUCCUCUAGGGCUGAGGGGUCAAGGCCCCUUACUUCAAAUCACUUGCCGUUCACUGAUACGGGUAUGAAAUCUCCCUUGUUGUGAAAAUUGUCCAUGUGUGGAAGCCAUUCAGCUGACUUAUGGAAGGUCAGUGGUUCUACCCAGUUGCCAGUUUAUGCCUGAAACAGAACAGUGCACAGAGGGACACCUGGGCUUUUCAUCCACCGUCAAAAGCUUAAAAAGUUGCCAUAAGACCUUAAUGAACUGAAUUGUAUGACUCCUAACCUAGUAAAAACAAAAACAAUCAAACAAUAUACAUAAAUUAUAGGUAAUGUACAUAAAGAUAAGUAUAGAUGUAGCAAUUUGCAUGCAUAGCUUUUUGUGUCUUCUUACAAUAAUAAUACCAAAUGGAGGGGUGAAUGCAACAAAAGUUUAAGUAAGAAGUACUUAGACUUCUGUUGCAUUCACCCCUGGAAAUAGAUAUCUUUCAUUUUGUGCCAGACUGUUGUAACCGAAAUUGAAUACUUAAAGUGACUUAACUAUAGUUGUUUUGAUAUUGAUAAUACAGCAAUUUCUUUAGUACCUUAGUUUCUUAGUAUACUGUGCCAGUAUGUACAUAGAUCUGAAUUCUGUUAUAAAUGUUUUGUAGUUAAGUUGAAGUAACAAGACUGUAAAUAUUUAUAGUGAAAACAGAAACAAUGUUUAAAAUGCAUUUGCAUUUAGAUUAUUUUGGUCAACUCUAAAAUGUGUUAAUAAAGAAUAUUGUAUAGGUAAAACAGCUAUCGAUAAAAAUUCUGUGUAUGAAAGGAAUUGAACCCGCAGUUUAAUGCUUGCCUGAUUUUAAGAGGCUACUAAUAUCAUCUGAGAACCUGGUUUUGCUGUAACUCUGAUUCUGUUUUGAUUCCAUACCCUGAUGUAAAUGAGUUGAGAACGCAAAACCUUUAGUCCUUUUUGGUGCCAUAUAACUUGCACUAUGUUGGUGCACUGUAAAACCCAUAUCAAAUCAAAUCAACCAAAAAUGAUAGCACUGAAUUUAGAAAUAUAUAUAUGUACAUAUUCCCCUUUCAAAAAUUCAGCUUACAUUAUAAAGUAUAACGAGUUUAAGAAAUAUUUUCACACCCUCUAAGCUCACUUUUAACGACCAGUAAAGAUGGUAAGAAGGAUAUAACAGGGAAUGAUUCUGGAGAUAAUGAAGAGAUAAUGGGGAGUGAUUCAGGAAGUAAUGUGGAAUAAUUUAGAAGGGAAUGAAGAGAUAAUGGGGAAUGAUUCAGGAAGUAAUGUGGAAUGAUUUAGAAGUGAAUGAAGAGAUAAUGGGGAAUGAUUCAGGAAGUGAUGUGGAAUGAUUUAGAAGUGAAUGAAGAGAUAAUGGGAAAUGAUUCAGGAAGUAAUGUGGAAUGAUUUAGAAGGGAAUGAAGAGAUAAUGGGGAAUGAUUCAGAAGGUUAUUGGGAAUGAUUCAGGAGGUUAUGGAAUGAUUCAGGAGGUUAUGGGGAAUGAUUAUUGAGGUUAUGUGGAAUGAUUAUUGAGGUAAUGAAGAGAUAAUGGGGAGUUAUUCAUGAGGUAAUAAAGAGAUAAUGGGGAAUGAUUCAGGAGGUAAUCGGGAAUGAUUCAGGAGGUAAUGAAGAGAUAAUGGGGAAUGAUAAUGGAGGUAAUGGUGAAAAUUCAGGAGAUACAGAGGAGCAGAUAUUUGGUAGUUAAGUAGGAGCUGAAGGGGCACAUACAGGAAAUGCAGUUAAGAAGUCUUCACUGGGGAAAAAUAAAAAAUAAAAAAAAGAUCAAAACUACUGAUGUCAGCCUACACCUCAAUGAAAAUUGGGGUUAAUUAAGUUUUAUGGAAAGUUCCAAUUAAUUAUAACUAGCUUUCUGUUCAAAAUAAAUAUACGAUUGAAAUAGUUUAAAUCAGCUGUUAGGAAAGUAUUGCUGCCUGAUUAAUUAGAUAUACUGCUGUAUUAAUGUGUGACUCAUCAAUUACUUAAUUUUGUUUUCUUAUGAGUUUCUUAUUUUAAUGUUUCAUGAAAAUACUGUCUCAGGUUCUAUAUACGCAAGAAUUUCAUGUUUCUGUCAUUGGAUUUAUUGCAUAAGAAUGUUUUCUAAUGAUCCUGUUCUGUAUAUAUUCCCUUAUUAAUGAUCCCAGGGGUGUUACAUUUUGUAAAGUGGGUGGGGGACAUUAUGAAGGCCCUUGUAAACCAGUUUUGGAAAUAAAGAAAUUAAUAGGAAAUUGACAAAACCUUUUGAGAAAAAGCUUUGAAACUUUCAACACUAGUGUACCAUCACCAUGUCCAGUUUUAGGCAUGAGUACAUAAUUCUGUCAACUAUUUUGGCUGAAUUAUGGCCCUUUUUGGACUCGGAAACUGGUUAAAUUUUCAUACCAGUCCAUAUCUUGCUUAACCUGUUUGUCAUAUGGCUUUGAAACUAUGAUCAUUUGUUUACCAUCGUAGUCCACAUAAUGUAGGCAAAACUACAUAAUUAGGACAAGGACUUUAGCUCGGUUAUGGCCCUUUUAUGACAUAGAAAUUAGUUAAGUUUUAAUACCAGUCCAUAUUUUGUCUAAACUGUUUGAUAUAUGGCUUUGAAUUUUUGAAAACUUGUUUACCAUCAUGGUUACACAUUGCCGUAUAGUGCAAGACUUAUCCAGAUCACCAAAUACAGGUACAUUGUUUGUCUUAGGCUAUCUAUUUUUCUUCUUUUGUCUGAAAAUCUCUGGUAAUAUUUUGACCCCAUACUUCCAUCAGUUCUUCGAAUAAUCAAGUGCGCUGUCAACAGACAGCUCUUGUUAAGAGAAAACUGUUGAGUAAUCCAAAAACGGGUUGCAAGAUUGCAGUCUAUAGGUUUCUGUUCUGACAAUCUAAUAUGUGUUACGCAAUAUUGAAAAUACAUUUAUCAAGCUUUAGCAGCUAUUUAUCGAGUCUUCUUUGAUAAUAGGUUACAGUGUUGGAAUCUAACAUUCAGUUCAUACUCAGUUUAUUUCGGAAAAGUAGGCACAAGUGUCCUGGCUUCUGCCGUUGAAGACCGUAAUGUAGAUAUCUAUAUUCAGACCUUGUUUUUCAUGUGCAUAGUAGGAAUUUCUUAAUCCAGGGAUAGUUAUCAUUGUUUUCUGUUUUCGUCUUUUCUGUAAGGGUGCCUCCAUGGCCAAAGUGGUUAUUAUAAGGUCCCUGACUUUUACCCUUCACAGCAGUUGGUAUGAAACCUUACUUGGGAUUUUUUCGUAUCCAGCUGGCUUGCGGAAGGUCGAUGAUUCUACUGAGAUACACACUUGUGUCCGAAAUAAUGCACAGUGUGGCAUCUGGGAUCUUCAUCAACCAUGAAAAGCCGCAGUGUUGCCAUAAGAUCUAUAAUCGUGCCAUUGAAGCAAACAGAAAUGAUAAAAUCCUCAUUCAGUGAAUGCCAAUUAAGCUAUGAAGUAAAAUUACAAUGAAAGAUCACUACCCAGUCUGUAGGGCAUUGUAACAGUACCCAAAGCGCUGAAAUUAAGUUCCAACAGUCUUGUCAGUUUUUUUGCACCAUAUGACUUGUUUCAGUUCUAUUCGUUAAAAUAAUUGAUAAUAUCAUAAAGUUUCAGAAAAAUGAAAAAUUAAUUCUGGUAUAAUAUUAAUUAAAAAGAGCACGAAAUGACCUUGACAAGCUGUCAGAAAACAACAACUACAACAUGAUGAAUACCACAUACUGUAAUGUCAUUUAAUUUUGUGGGCAAGGAAUAUCAUGGUCUGGGCUAUAAGGACUACUUCAUCGGGAUAUGAAUUUAUGGCUGUAAAAUCAGUUGCAAUUUUACUUGUUUGUUUAGGUUUAACCCUUACCACAUGCUAAUUUUCUAUAAUGAACUUGUUCAUCUUUCAAUUUGGACAGUACCAUUAACUGUUAAAAAGGGGUGCUUACCAGAAAGAUACUGACUGAAUGGCGAAUAGUGCAGAUCAUGAUCAGACUGCAAGGAUAUGCAGGCUGAUCAUGAUCUACACUGGUUGCAAAGGCAGAAUCAGUCAUGUCCAGCAUGAUAAUAGUUAAUUUAAUGCAUUGGCUCAUCCAUAAAAUCCAUGAGAAUUAGCUUUCCACAAAUAUAAAGGAUUUCACUGUGGAAUGAAAGACAACAUUAUGCACCUGGCAGUUAACAUGUUGUAUUGUUUAAUUGCAUCAAGUUGUUUCAAAUGUCCAAAUCUACCUGUCAAUUUUUAUACACUUUGUUUUGUAAUGUAAAUUUCCUAAACCCUGUGAAUUGUAAUUUUGACCUACAAAAUCUGAGGGAGUUCACAUAUAGGCAUACAGACACUAAAAAGAAAAAUGGCGCGAAAAAAAAAUGAUAGUCGCGUAAUGGCGGAUACAAAUAGUCCUCAGAGUUUUUUUUGCUCUGUAGAGCUAUUUUCCUUAUUUUCUUGCAUUUUUUUUUGCAAAAAUCAGAUGACAGAUCUAUGCUUGACAUGUAGGUAGCAUUUUCAUAAUGAAAUAACAACAUUACCAAAUUUUUUAUGGAAACCUAGAUCAUACACCACCAGUAUAAUUUGGGGUCUCAUUUUUAGCUGAUUUUGCAGUUUGUGUGUUUGACUGAAAUUAUUUUUCUUGCAUCAAACAUGACCCCCACUUUUCUUUUGAUCUUUAGUUAGCACUGACAAUAUUCUUCAAGAAAAUGUAGGUUACAGACAUUUAAAAUGGGUCCUGAUGUGUGCUGCGAUCAUUGGAAUUAGGUCAAUUUUAUAUAGAAUAAAGAACAACUAUUUAGUGUGUUAUAACCAAAGAGCUAUAAAAAUAAAUAGAUUGGCAACUUGAAAGGCAUAUAGAGCAAAUCUCGCCAACCUCCCGUGACAAAAAAACGAGAUCUCGUUUACCGGAAGUGGCGCUUUCUCCACGCGCCAUUUUGUAUGCGAAAGCAAUUAUUCAUCGGUAAAAUAAUUAUCACCGUAUGAGCACACUUCUUUCAAUGGCAAAAAAACGUGUACUUCGUGUCUUAAGACCAUUUCACAUUAAACUAAUUUUGUUUUAGAAGCUAACAUGUAUUUUAAAUGUAGUUUUAAAGGUACAAAUUGUAACUCCAUGCUCGCCGAUGUUUGUUUUUAGUAAGAUAACGCCGAAUCACGCUCUGACACGAGCUCACGCGAGAUUACAGCCAGUUGCCAUUCUGUGUAUUUUAUAAUUCUUUGGUUAUAACCUAUACAGUUAAUUUAUUUUUUAAGCAUGUCCGAAACAUUGCAAAAUGAUACUAAUUUCCUUUAGGUAAUGAUUAAAUUUUACUUGGACUUUAUCAUAGAUUCCCAAUUUAAAAUCUCAAACUUCAAAAUAAGAAAUAAAGUUUAAAAUCCAUUGUGGUUUUGUAGGGCAUGUGAGGUUAAAAAAAUUUAAUUUGAUUUUGGAAAUAGUGUGAUAUUUAUUUACAAAGCCGCUAUAUGUGCACAUAGUAAAAUAAUGCUUGGUUUACCGAAGUUGAAACUGGCAGGUACGCUAAAAUACAGCUCUUUGAUUGGUUAGUUAGAAUCUUUGUUGUCAUGAAUGUUAAAAAUUAAGAAUGCAGGGUAAGCAUUCUACUGCUGCCUCUUCAAAAUUGGUCAAUAAUAUUUUUUUUGUGCAGUUUUUAACUUUUCUAAACAUGCUUACCUAUAAUAAUCAUCGUUUGAUUCUUUAAAAUAGUUUUUUAUCCUUAUUUGCCAGAGACAUUGCCAUAUAAUUAUGAAGAGAAGAGUUUCAUAGACAUUUCUAUUUGAAAUUUAUUUUGUAAAGGCUUUAAUAGCGAAAUGACUUGUUAUGAAAGCGCUUGUUGUAAAAUGGUGCAUUGUAAUACAGAUAUGCUUUUCCAAUUUAAAUUCAAUACAGGUGUAUUUGUUAUUUGCACUUGUAACCUGACCCUUACCAAUGGUAAUGAGAGGACUGGUAAAGCUUUUAUAUCCUUACUGCCUUUUCAAUUAAAUUCAAGUAGGGACCACACACACAUAGACCCGUAUGACUUGCUCUUAUUGAAUGUUAUGCAUUUUUCGGAUGACUUUGUUUUUGUUGAACUUAGUGCAUUUUACUAUCUGAGACGAUGCAGUAAAGAAUUUUGGAAUUUUGUGAAACUGUUUGUUUAAUUAUAUUGAUGCAUUGAAAUAGGAGUAUUGAAGUAGGAAGAUUGGCAGUAAUUUAAUAUUUUGUUCCUUUAUAACCUUGUAAUACUAUAAUAGAAACAGUGUAUUAGUCUGUUCACUGGAAAUUAAAAGGUCUUGUAAUAUCCUCCAAAUAUUCCCAAACAACCUGCAGUGUUAAUUGUUCAGGUGAAAUCCUAAAAGACCGUAGUGUUACUAAAUAAGGAGUACAUGAGAGCAAAAUCAUUUACAGUAAACAUAAAAAGUCUUAUUUCUUAGCUUGAAGUUUCAUUUUUUGAAAUAUCAGUGUUAUUUGCUGAGUCCCUUUCGUUUUCAUUGUUUCAUUGUCGUAAGUUUUUAUCUUUACUUUUUAAUGAGAUGGAAAUAAGAUAUGUAUAUAUUUUUCUUGAAUAUUGUAAAACAAAUUGUAGAUAUACAAACAAAAUACAGAUCGUAAAUUUCAAUUAUAUUUUAAUCUUUACUACAGUCAUUUUAAGCCUUAGCCUGCUGGCGGCAAUUGGUUUUGCCUUUGCGACCAGUGCAGACCAAGAUCAGCCUGCACAUCCGUUAAUCUAUGGUAUGUAUGAAGAAAGAUUAGGAAGCAGAACAUUUUGAACUGUAUAAAUUUAAAUCUUAAAUUAUUUCCUUGUUAAUGAUAUAAACUUGGGUUUAUAAUUUGACAAAACAUACAACCUUUAUAUAGAAUAAUCGUGGCAUUGUUUUUGUAGAUGCAAAACAGGUGGUUUUAUUGUUAAAUUUUUUACGGCUAAUGAAUUAUUGUUUACGUAAUGCAUUAAAGAGAACAAAGUGAAGUGAAAGGUCAUUGCAUUUAAUUGCAUGUUUUUUGCUAGUCCUUGUAUGUUACAGUGCAUGCAGACUGACUAAUUCGCUGGUAGGAAGUUGAUGAAAUGUGAAGAGUUAUGCUGUAUUAUUGGAAAUGGGGUUAGAUAGGAAGUGCGGUCCAGUGUAAUAAACAGAUAAUCAGCUUCUUUUACAGUAUAAAGUAUAGUAGGAAGCAUAUUUUAUUUAGUGAUGGAACAGCUGACGAAAUUGCAUUAACUUAAAUAAACAUGCAAAAAAAGUGUGUCACCAUUCCAGGUCUGUCUGUUGUAACUGUAAUGUCACAAAUGCUAAAGCCAGUUUUAGACAUGUAACUGUCAGUAUGAUUACAUAGUUUUAACUCUUACCCUGCUAAAUUUCUAUAAUGAAUUUGACCACCUUUCAAUUUGGACAGUACCAUUAACUGUGAAAAGAAGUGCUUACCAAAAUGAUACUGACUGAAUGGUGAACAGUGCAGAUCAUGAUCAGACUGCACAGAUGUGGAGACUGAUCAUGAUCUACACAGGUGGCAAAGGAAGAAUCAGUCGCAUCCAUCAUGAUAAGGUUUAAAUUACUUGCAUACUACAGAAAAAAAAGUGUUUACCAAAAAUGGCCUUGUUUUAUGGUCUUUUUCUUUUAUCCCCAGGGACCACCUGAAAAGAUGGGAGGUUUAGAUGAUUUACCAGCAUCAGAACAAAGUUUUUUUUCCAUUUUGCCAUUACAGUGAAGGGAAACUACUCUCCAUGUCACCACAUUGUACAGUAGUGCACAUUUUUCAUGGGUAUCUACAGUGAGAGUUAAGUAAUUAGAGACUCCUUAGCUGACCUAAGAAUUGUAUGAAAAUAAUGCAGAUACUAUACCCUGAGAUCCCUUAUUAUGCUGUGUAGAUCUUGAUCAGCCUGCACAUCAUGCAGUCUGAUUAAGAUCUGCACUGUUCGCCAUUCAUGCAGUUUCUUUUUGGUAAGCACCCCUUUGAAGAGUUAAUGGUACUGUCCAAAUUGAAAGAUGGACAAGUUUGUUAUUGAAAUUUAGCAGGGUAAGGGUGUUAGUACAUUGACAGUUACAAAUUCUAACCUUUUUUUUUGUUUACCUCUACUGGUUGAGGACCACCAAAUCCGGACGACCACCAAACCGGACAGUUUAGUAGCUGCUAAAUUUUGCUGUAUUUUAAGCAAUCUUUUAUAAGUCAAACACACAUUUGAUUUUUUAACAAUGAUGUGGAAUUAUAUCUGACAAAAAGAACUUAUUGAUGAGGAAAUUUCAUUUUUUGAUUUCGUCAUUCAUAUUGAAGCAUGAAACUAUCAUGGGGGAUUUGGAAAUCCGCACUGCAUUUCUUACUAUCAUAUGGCAGUUUUCCACACAAAAAAAAUCUGAAUAAAAUUUAUAUCUUUCAGGCCAAUAAUGAAUACUUUGACUCAUUUUCACAUUACAUAUCAAAAUGUCAUCAGUACAGAGGUUCCUAUAACAGUUGUAAAAAAACUGUCCAGAUAUAUGGUACUGCCAAGCAGUGAAAGUAAGUAGUUUAGUUGACCCUACAUUCCGCCCUGGAAAGGGCAUUAAUCAUUUGUUAGGGGUAAACAAAUUAAGUCUUCUUCUUGAGGGUUCAUGUUCAUGUGAAAUUUCACAGUUGUAAUGAAGGAAAUGAAGGAGAAAAUGGCGAAAAACCUCUAAAAGCGUCCGGUUGGUGGCCCCUGACCAGUACCCUGAAUCAAAGUAUUGUCCAUACUGGAACCAAGAAAACCAUAAUUUGCUCCCAGUAUUUCUCAGAAAAAUAUGGCAAUCAUGUUGCAUAGUAAAAUACUAUUAAGGUCAGAAUAGGAUUUUAAUACUUAAAAUUUUAUAAGUUAUGUUUUUACAUAGAAUUUGUGUCAUUUAAUUAGAUUUACAAAUUUUUAUUAGGCAGUGCUUGUUGUUGCAGGUGCCAACAAUUUAGGAGUGGGAGAGAAAUUAGUUUCUAUGGGGUAUGAGGAGUGUUGCACUUUCCGUUUACUUACCUCUCAUCAACAGACUUAAUCAAAUGGAGUCAGCGGUUAUUUUGUUUGGUCGCAUUCUGUGCUUCCAUAGAAACUUCUUGUAGGUUUUAUUAACAAACAUCUUCAUUAGGCCUGAAAAAAAUUCUUUGUUUCCGGUAACAUGCUAAAAAAAAUUAGGGUAGGUAGGUCGGAAAAUUUAUUGUUUUGGAUUUUUUUUUUAUUAAGGGAAUUUAUUUUUGUCAAAAAAUAAAUUCAGUUAAGGGGGUUAUGCCUUUAGGGCAUCAGGAAGUUGAUUUCUAACAUCAAUGACCAUGUUAAAAGCAUAAGAAGUGCAGUUUUGCAACUUUUUAUUAAAAAGUUGAAAAAAUUAUUCCGAGGCCGUAAAAACAUUUGGGGUCGGGCCAAAAAUUUAGGAUAGGUCGGGAUACCGGAAACAAACAAUUUUUUUUUACGCCUUGUAAAAGCUGCCAAGUUCAGUUCACUUUCAUUGAGAUAGUAAAAUAUUUUUAUAAACAUUGAAUUUUACCUGUAAAUAAUUUUAUCUUUAAAAUGUAUUUUACGGUAAUUGUUAUAUGUGUAUGUCUUAAGUUGUUUUAUAUGUUUGUAAAUAGUCAUUUUUGCAUAUUGUGUUCAUUUUUAUGCAUUUUAAACCAUUGUAAAAUGUAAAUUAGUUUUUUUUGCAUUAAAUGAGGUGAAAACUGAAUAAGAAAUCUGAUGCGAAAUCUUCACGAAUUGGCUUCUCUAUUAAUUACGCAGUUGGAAUGAAGUUUUUGACCGUAUAAAAGGAAAAUGUGUUAGUAAAAUAGCGUUUAUUUAACAAGGAAAAUAAAUACACUUAAGGAAACAUCUUACGCCUUGUGGUAUAUUGACUGUAGCUGUCAUUUUAAUGGUAGUGCAUUUAACAUUUCUCGUACAUUUAGGAAAAUAAUUAUGUUGUUUAUAACACUUGUAAAUUCCAGCAAGAUGAAGUAAUGAUAUGAUAGAUUGAGUAAGCUUGUGAUAUAAUUUUACAAAUGCAACCCAAAUUUAAAAUAUUGCAAAAAAAAGGCACAAAUAACAGAUCUGUUAAAGUGAAAAAGCUUUUAAUAGAUUAGCCGUGCUCUGGUUGUCGUUUAAAACUGAUCUUUACUAAGGAAUUCGUUUUGCCUAUUUAGCAGGUAUCAAUUCAAAAUGGGAACAGAAUAUGUCAGUAGAUCUAUAAUAAGUAAUACUACAAUGUAUGUGUAGCAAAUUUAAUUAUUUGUAUGUGUAAAUGGUUACUUAAGAAAUAAAGAAAUUUAGUUUAAAAACUAGUUUGUUACAAUAUGUCAGCCAGUGUAAUUUGUAUUUAUACUAGUUUUAUAAUGGCCUGAUAUCUUUAACAUUGACUUUGUUUUCAUAAUAAUGUUAUUUGUUAUAAUGUUAUUACAGGUCAUUGAGAAAUGGCAAAUAAAACAUAUAAAAUACCUGAAUUUGGUGCUGAUAAUGCCUGAGCUAAAGACGUUCAUUCAUUGUUAAAUAUAAAGGUAAUGGGAUUGUUGAUUUAAAUACUUACCAAAAUUGUCUGGCCUUUUUGUUGAAUUCUGAGAGGUUAGUUGUCAAUUACUUAUAGAGAGCAACUAGAUGAAAAACCGGUACUUGACUUUAUUAAUGUAUAAAUCUGAAACACUUAGGAAAUAUUGUUGAUAGAAAUAACACAAGUUAUGUUUAAGUUAGACUUUCUGUUGUUUUAGUUGCAGCAGAAUGAACAAAGAUACACAAUUAGAUCUAGUACCAGUACUUUUUUACAAACGUUUUUAUGUUCUGUCAUAUCUUUGGCAGUUUUCAAGUUAGCGUGUCAUAUAAAUAUGUUGAAAUAGUUUCUGCAAGAAUUUUUCGCAUAUUGAUUUUACACUUAUUUUUUGUAUACUUAUUGUUAAUGCUCAUUUGUGUUGUUGUAGAUAUUUUUUGAAAUGAUGAAAUUUGUCUUGAUGAUGUAACUCAGUAUAUACUAUUCAUUGAAGUUAACAUGUCAGAUCAUGUUACACAGUAUUCGUUGAGGAUAACGUGUGAGAAUAAUUAUGUUACUUGAAAAUGUACAAUUCAUUUAGGAUAACCUGUCAGAUCAUGUUAUCACAUAUGUACAAUUCAUUGAGGAUAAUGUGUCAGAUCAUGUUUUCACAUAAUUUAUGUACUAUUCAUUGGAAUUAACAUGUCAGAUACUAGAUAUGUAUAAUUGAUAGGGGAUAACAUGUCAGAUCCUGUUCCUCAGUAUAUACAUCUCAUUGGGGAUAACAUGUCAGGUCAUGCUACUUGAUAUGUAUAAUUCAUUGAGGAUAACAUGUCAGAUCCUUUCCUCAGUAUGUACAAUUCAUUUGGGAUAACAUGUCAGAUCAUGCGCUCCAUAUAUAUUAUUCAUUGAAGUAAGCAUGUCAGAUAAUUGUGCUUGAUAUAUACUGUCCAUAGAGGUUAACUUGUCAUUGGAACAGAUCAGUAUAUUGGACAUCAUUUGUUUGUUUGAUACAGGUAAACAUAGUUAUUCUUGCCAUGGUCUUCCAGUAAAUAAAAUGUACCAGGAAUGUACAUGAUUUUGUCUUCAAAACUAAAGUAGACUAUAACUAUUGGUUUAUCCAUAUCGUUUAUAUCACCUGCUCCACUGACACAUUAUCCUAAAUGAUUAAUAGAAUCAUGUCAUGGGGAUGUUUACUGUUUAGUUCACCAUGUACAUGCCAUGAUAUCAUUGGUAUAAUUCACAAUACCAAUGAUAUUAUGCAUGCUAUUGUAAAUGUGGAUGACAGUGCUACAUAGCAACAUUUGUCAUUCUUACACCAGUAUAACAUGAUGACAUCAGUGUAACAUGAUGAUAUUUCUUGACAGUAAUGUCAGAGGUGUGAAAUAUUUUGUGCAUGGUAUAAUAAGAUACUGAUUUUUCAACACAUAUAUGAAGAUAAACCAUCUUGAAUGUACAUGAUUAUGUCUUCAAAGCUAUAGUAGAUUAUCAUCCGUCAAACAAUGUUAAUUUUAUAUUAGGUAUAUUAACCCUUAGCCUGCUGGUGGAAAUUGAUUCUGCCUUUGCGACCAGUGCAGACCAAGAUCAGCCUGCACAUCCGUGCAGUCUGAUCAUGGUCUGCACUGUUCGCUAUUCAGUCAGUAAAUUUUCAGUGAACACCCCUUCAAAUAAUAAAUGGUAUUGCCCAAAUUGAAUGAUGGAUCAGUUCAUUUUAGAAAUUUAGCAGGGUAAGGGUUAAAUACAAGAAAAUAUGUUGCUUUAAAUUGUGUUAUCUGUUUUGAACAUUAUUUUAAUAUUGAAAAUGUGUAAUGUUACAGUUUUAUGUAACUUUCAAGAGUUAUACUCAUAGACACUGGGUAAUAAUCUACUUUAGACUGUGGACAGUAUUACAAGCUUAAAAAAAUAAAGAAAUGCCUUCAGAA